CGUGCACCUUCUCCUACUCGCCCUCCUGUUUCAUCCUAUUGGACAUCGCUGUCGAGCUGUGGUGGAGAUGGAUGUGCCAGGUCAGGUAGUGCAGUCUGCGGCUGAGGGGGGCGAUCAGGUCCCACCUUUCCAGCAGUGGCAGGAAGGCCAUCAACUGCAGCUGCCUCAUCAUCAGCAGCAGCCGCAGCUUCUUCACACUGAAAGCUUGCAACGAAUGCAAUACCUGGAGCGCCAGCUAGCUGACGCUUUCCAAAUGAUCCAGCGACUACAGGCGCAGCUGCCGGCACCACUUCCUCUGCAUCAGUCGCAGCUGUCCCUACAGGCAGCGCAGUUACCUCUGCCACUCCAGACACAGACACAGCAGGUAGAUCUGGCACUGCAGACCCAACAUUCUGACAUACCGAUGCAGACACGUCAGACACAGCAGGCACAGCUGCCACAACUGCAGGCACACCAGGCACAACAACCAAAGCAGGCAGAGCGUGCACGACGGAUGGAGCUGGAGCUGCCAGCGCGUACUCAGCAAACUCAGUCGUCACUGCAGGGUCCGCUGCAGACACAGCUGGGACUGCAGACAGAGCUGCCGCUAGUACAACCGCAGCUGUCUCUGCACACACAUUUGGGGGGAUUGGCAACGGAACUACCACACCAAGGACAGCAGGCACAGCAAGCACAGCAGCAGGCACAACUAGUGCUGGGGCAUACGCAGCUAUCGCUGCAGACUCAGCAUACGGAGCUGGAGCGGCCAUUGCAAGCCCACCAGACAGACUUGUCGCUGCAGCAACAGCAGGGGCAGCAGGGGCAGAUGCCCCUGCAGGCACAGCCUGGAGACAUCGCUCUGCAGACUCAACAGCCGCAGCCACAGAUGCAGCACCAGACGCAAGAGUCACAGCAGAGGCCACUUCAGACACAACAGACGCAAUUGCCACUGCAAUCACCGCAACGGCUGGCAACGCAUCAGCUGGUCCAGACACAGCGACCGCUUCCCAUACGCCCCCCCGCCCCAUUGCAAACAGAGCCGCCACAGCGCCACAAACAGCCAGUUCAGCAUCAGAUCAUACAGCAGAGCCAACUCGGCAGUAACUUGUUGGCUGGGCUUGAAUCCAGUGUGCAGGAGUCCAAUGCUGCCAUUCAGCGGCAGCCGCCACAGCAGGAGAUGCAAUGCUCCGUUCCUGAAGCCAAUGCCUCCUCCAGUAUCAUGGGGGCAUCUAUCAUCUUUGAUCAGCAGGCUCAGGAGCAGCAGCAGCAGCAGCAGGGACAGCAGCAGCAACAACAGCAGCAGCAGCACCAGAAGCAACAACAACAACAGCUUCAGCAACAGCAGCAGCAACAGCUACAGCAACAGCAACAGCAACAGCAACAGCAACAGCAACAGCAACAGCAACAGCUACAGCUGCAGCAACAGCAGCAACAACAGCUACAGCAGCAGAUCAGGUGCUCCGUUUCUGAAGCAAAUGCCUCCUCAAACAUCAUGGGGGGACCUAUCAUCUUUGACCAGGAGAUUCAGCAGCAGCAGCAGCAACAACAGCAGCUGCAGCUGCACCACCAACAGCAACAGCAGCUGCAGCAGCAGCAGCAGCAGCAACAGCAGCAGCAGCAGCAGCAACAGCAACAGCAACAGCAACAGCAACAGCAACAGCAACAGCAACAGCAACAGCAACAGCAACAGCAACAGGAGGAACAGCAGCAGCGGCAGAUCCAAGAGCAGGAGCACAGCAAAGGGAUUCCCCAGGACCAGGGAGAUUCAGCUAGGCUCGAAGAGCCUGGAAUUAGCUGGGACAGCGGGCGGGAUAGGAUGCCUGCAACAUCUCAAAUUGCUAAUUUGGCCAUGGCAGUGAUUGCGCCCAUGUUAGAAGGUGGGAAGUCACCAGCACAAACUGCAUCAGGGCCUUCCUCGUCAUCCUCCGAUGAUCUUGAACCCGAUCUUCCGCUUGCUACCUCAGGCGAGCAGCAAAUGGUUGUGGGUGAGCUGAAGAAUGAUGAUGAGAUUAUCCCAUACGAAGGGAUGCGAAGUGCCCUUGCUGUUGGGAAGAGGUUCGACAGUGUAGCCCUCCUUCGCAAGGCGGUAGCAGAUGCUGCAGUAGCUGAUCACUUCGAGAUCAAAGUGGUGAAAUCCGAUCUUCAUCGGUACACGGUUGUCUGUCGUGAGGAAACCUGUACGUGGAGGCUUCAUGCUUCUGCAGUCUAUGGCGGGCCAAUGUUCGAGGUGAAGAGCUUACGUGGGCACACCUGUGAGGGCUAUGCCCAGUUGGCCAAUAGGCAUGCGUCCAGCAGGUGGAUAGCAGAUCAUGUCACUCAGAAGCUCAAGGAAAAACCAGGCUAUACUCCUCAGGAGAUCAUUGCAGACCUCCGCCGAAUGACCGGUGUAACGGUGUCGUAUAAUCGAGCCUGGAGGGGGAAGGAGCAAGCGAUGGCACGCAUUGGUGGGUCGGGCUACGAUGGCUACAAGAAGCUGCGCAGCUACUGUGUUCAGGUUCUUCUCACCAAUCCUGGCAGCCAUGCAUUUGUAGAGGUGGUGCCUGGAACACAGCAUUUCCAACGACUGUUCAUUGCAUACGCGGCAUCGCUCUCGGGUUUCCGCCACUGUCGGCCGCUGAUUGGUCUCGAUACAAUUUCCCUCAAGGGCAAAUACCCUGGUGCUCUGCUUGUGGCCAACGGGGCUGAUGCUCAGGGCGGUGUGUUCCCUGUUGCCUUCUGUGUGGCUGAUGAAGAGAAUGACGCCAACUGGUUGUGGUUCCUGCAGAGUCUCCGCUCGUGUAUCAAUGAGUAUGAUAACAGCUCCCGUGAGCUCACGUUUCUUUCUGACCGUAAGAAGGGGUUGGUGGAAGGUGUGCAGGCCGUGUUUGGGGAUGUAAAACAUGGCUACUGCAUACAACAUCUGGCAGAGAUGAUGUGGCAGCACUACAAACACCCGCAAUUGCGCAAAUUGCUGUGGGAAGCUGCCUGUUCAACCACUCCGGCCCGUUUUGGAGACACCAUGGCUGAGAUGAGAAGUGUUGAUCCCGCGGCAGCCGGAUGGUUGUUACAGAACGCAGACCCUAUGUAUUGGAGCUCUGCGUUCUUUGAGGGAAAACGGUAUGGGCAUCUAGCGUGCGUGCUAUCAGAGUCACAGGCCUCGUGGCUGGUUUCUGUGAAAGAGAAACCACCGAUCCCAAUGAUGGAGACGAUUCGCCGGCAGCUGUGCAAAUGGUUUGUGGAACGGAGGGCUGCAGCAGCAGCCAUGGAGGGAGCUGUUGUUGCCAAGACGGAGGAGAGAGUGCAAAAUGCCAUCAGAAGAGCUAGCAGCUAUCGGGCUCUGCCAGCAACUGAAGACGAGUAUGAGAUCAUAUCUGGAAACUCGUCUUAUGUUGUCCGACUUCACCAUCGCACUUGCACUUGUGGAGGUUGGCAGAAAUACGGGGUGCCGUGUGCCCAUGCUGUCUGUGCAAUUUCCACCAAGGGCGAGCAACCACAGAGCUACUGUGAGGAUUACUUCGCCGUUUCUGCGUUUCGACAGACAUACACUGGUAUUGUUCAUCCCAUUCCUGCCAUGGAUUGCUGGGUGUUCCCAGAAGAUGGAGAGAGAACCACCGACGGGAACAGCCGUGCGAUUGCGCAUGCCGAUGUCUUGCCUCCAUUGACGAGACGAGCUCCAGUAUGUCAGCGAAAGCGCAGAAACCGUCAUGGCGAUCCUGGUAGAGAGACCAAGGUCUUCAGGUGCAGCCGCUGCAAGUGCAAAGGCCACACACGACGGACAUGCUGUGAGCCAAUCAAGCCAACGUAGAAGUGCAGGAGGACAAUGUUCAGUCAACCAAAGUGGGGGUUAUGAAAUGUGCAGCGCACUCCACAUCUCUCACACACUUUCUGACCCACAGGCAUGGAUGCCUUGGAUUCGUGCCACAACAUAGCCAACGGGAGUAUACAAUUGAUGAGGAUGAGUGAUGGCAGAGGGAAGUUGGGUGGAAUGUGUGGUAGUCGAGGUCAUGAGAAGGGAUUCCAUGAGUGAGUGAGACGGCAUCUGUGACUUAUUGCAAAGUUAUUGCAAAGUUACCUCAUUGGGAAUCAAUUAUGGUGAUGCUCAUCAAUCCAGAAAGCAAGGUGGGGUGAAAGGGUACCACCUCCCGGGAUGCCCAUCAAGGUGGUGCUUGUUGAUCCUGACAGACAGGAGCUGCAAGAGGGCAUUGUUAAGAGCAAUGAAGCCAAGCCAACAUA